AUGAAUUCGGCCGAGCAGACCGUUACGUGGCUCAUCACCCUGGGCGUGCUCGAGUCGCCCAAGAAAACCAUCUCGGACCCGGAGGGCUUUCUGCAGGCGUCGCUGAAGGAUGGGGUGGUCCUGUGCCGGCUGCUGGAGCGCCUGCUGCCCGGGACCAUCGAGAAAGUCUUCCCGGAGCCGCGGAGCGAGAGCGAGUGCCUGAGCAACAUCCGCGAGUUCCUGCGCGGCUGCGGGGCCUCCCUGCGCCUGGAGACGUUUGAUGCAAAUGAUUUGUAUCAGGGGCAGAAUUUUAACAAGGUCCUCAGUUCCCUAGUGACUCUAAAUAAAGUGACAGCAGACAUUGGACUGGGAAGUGACUCCGUGUGCACGCGGCCCUCGUCUCAUCGGAUCAAGUCUUUCGAUUCCCUCGGCUCCCAGCCUUCACACAGCCGCACUUCGAAGUUGUUCCAGGGCCAGUAUCGGAGUCUGGACAUGACGGAUAACAGCAACAGUCAGCUGAUCGUCCGGGCGAAGUUCAAUUUCCAGCAGACCAACGAGGAUGAACUGUCCUUUACGAAGGGGGACGUCAUCCACGUCACGCGUGUGGAGGAAGGAGGCUGGUGGGAGGGCACGCACAACGGCAGGACGGGCUGGUUCCCCAGCAACUACGUGCGUGAGAUCAAGCCCAGCGAGAAGCCUGUGUCUCCCAAGUCAGGAGCGCUGAAGAGCCCUCCCAAAGGAUUCGACACAGCCGCCAUCAGCAAGAGCUAUUACAACGUGGUGCUACAGAACAUUUUAGAAACAGAAAACGAGUAUUCUAAAGAACUGCAGACUAUGCUUUCCACCUACCUGCGGCCGCUGCAGACCAGUGAGAAGUUGAGUUCGGCGAACACUGCACAUCUGCUGGGGAAUCUGGAGGAGAUCUGUACUUUCCAGCAGAUGCUCGUACAGUCUUUAGAGGAGUGCACCAAGUUGCCUGAGGCUCAGCAGAGAGUUGGAGGCUGCUUCCUCACCCUGAUGCCCCAGAUGAAGACCUUGUACCUCGCCUAUUGUGCCAAUCACCCUUCGGCAGUGAGCGUCCUCACGGAGCACAGUGAGGACCUGGGGGAGUUCAUGGAGAUGAAAGGUGCCAACAGCCCGGGGAUUCUCGUGUUGACCACCGGCCUCAGCAGACCCUUCAUGCGCCUCGACAAGUACCCCACGCUGCUCAAGGAGCUGGAAAGACACAUGGAGGAUUAUCAUCCCGACAGACAAGAUAUCCAGAAAUCCAUGACUGCCUUCAAGAACCUGUCUGCCCAGUGUCAAGAGGUGCGGAAAAGGAAAGAGCUGGAGUCCCAGAUCCUGACAGAAGCCAUCCGGAACUGGGAGGGGGACGACAUCAGGACCCUGGGCAGCGUCAUCUUUAUGUCCCAGGUCGUAAUGCAGUGUGCAGGAAGUGAGGAAAAGAAUGAAAGGUAUCUUCUGCUCUUCCCAAAUACCUUGCUAAUGCUGUCGGCCAGCCCCAGGAUGAGUGGCUUCAUCUACCAGGGGAAGCUUCCGACGACAGGAAUGACAAUCUCAAAGCUUGAGGACAGUGAGAGUCAUAGGAAUGCGUUUGAGAUAUCAGGGAGCAUGAUCGAGCGGAUACUGGUGUCCUGCAGCAGCCAGCAGGACCUGCACGAGUGGGUGGACCACCUGUACAGGCAGACCAAGGUGGCGUCUGUGGGCAACCCCACCAUCAAGCCUCACUCCGUGCCGUCUCACACCCUCCCCUCCCAUCCGGUCACUCCGUCCAGCAAGCAUGCAGACAGCAAGCCCGUGCCGCUGGCACCUGCCUACCACACACUGCCCCACCCCUCCCACCACGGCACCCCGCACACCACCAUCAACUGGGGACCCCUGGAGCCUCCGAAGACUCCCAAGCCUUGGAGCCUGAGCUGCCUGCGGCCUGCACCCCCGCUCCGGCCCUCGGCUGCCCUCUGCUACAAGGAGGAUCUCAGCAAGAGUCCCAAGACCAUGAAGAAGCUGUUGCCUAAACGCAAGCCCGAACGCAAGCCUUCGGAUGAGGAGUUCGCCUUGCGGAAAAGCACUGCGGCGCUGGAGGAGGACGCGCAGAUCCUCAAAGUCAUCGAGGCCUACUGCACAAGCGCCAAGACGCGGCAGACGCUCAAUUCCAGUUCACGCAAAGAAUCUGCUCCACAAGUUUUGCUUCCAGAAGAAGAGAAAAUUAUAGUGGAAGAAACUAAAAGUAACGGCCAGACGGUGAUGGAAGAGAAGAGCCUGGUGGACACCGUGUACGCGUUGAAGGACGAAGUCCAAGAACUGAGACAGGACAACAAGAAGAUGAAGAAGUCCCUCGAGGAGGAACAGCGGGCCCGCCGGGACCUGGAGAAGCUGGUGCGCAAGGUGCUGAAGACGCUGAACGACCCUGCCUGGGAUGAGACCAACCUCUGAGCGCCGUCCCGGCACGGACGGCAGGGCCGGGCCCUAGUGGGACUGCACACAGGAGGCACAGGCGCCGAGGGCCUGCGCUGCGGCCCGCUCCCCGUCACCGCCUCCUGCCGUAAGUGCAGAACCAGUGCAGAGCCCGGCUUCCCAGACUGUCGGGAUCUGACGGACACGUGCGCCCUGCACCUCCCGCCCCCGACCGCGGACCUGCGUGCUGCGACUCCCUCCCCGCGCGCCCUCCUGGCGGCCUGCACCCCUGCUGUGCGCCCACAGCCUGACCUCAGACCCCGUGCACAGGCGCUGCAGGCCCAUGGAGCAGCGUUGGUCCCCGCGCCGCCCAGAGGAGACGCGUGGGCUCCCGCGCCGUACGAGGCGGCACGGGCUCCUCCGUGGCCGGUCUGACAACUCCACGCUGCACGGCUCCAUCGUCCCCCGAGAGAUCCAGCACUUGUAAAUAGAACGUGUUAUUUAUUGUAGCCCCGAGCAGAGCAAGGCAGCCAGCCGGCCCGGCCGCGACUCUGGGAGCUGCUCCCAAGGGCGGGCUUUCCCUCCGGGCCGACGUGGGCACAGCCCCGCCCGCUGCGAGCCGUCCCCUCGGCAGAAGCAAAGCAAUACACACCCGGAUGCGGCUCGGUGACGCGCGGCCCCGAGGCCUCGCCUGGCUCUGCGGGCCUUGGGCCCGGGAGGCUGUGGGAGCUCCCAGCCGGCUGUCCCCACUCCCUUAGCAAUAAGCAGUGGUGACCCAGGGCCUGGGGGUCCUUUCCCUCCUGUGUCCGAGGGGACGGAACCUCUCUGCAGAGCAGUUGUCGCGUGUCUGGAGACCUGUGUGACAGCGGGCGAGACCGCGUGACUGCGCCGGCUGAGCCCUGCCUUUGACCCGGCAGCCCGGGGGGUCGGUUCUGUCCCCGCGCCCUUGCUGACGAGGGCACCUUCUCCUGCCCCCGCCCUGUGGCUGCGCGGCCCCUAACCCGAGUCGCCAGCGCUCCGUGUUGGCGUUUUCUGCCUGUCUUUUUUGUCUUUUCUGGUGAGCUGCUUUCCCAAGCGGCUCUGGUGUUGCCCAGGACGUGCGGCAGAGGCGGGGGCUCCGUGCCAGCAGAGCCGCUGUGCCCAGCAGGCGUUAACUCAGGAACAACUGCCCCGCCCCCGCGCCUCUGCCAGCCUUCAGCUGCGGUCUGUGGCCGGGGUGGGCCCCUCCAGAGCCUGCCUUAACCAGGGAGGGGGGCCGGUCCGUGCGAAGCCUCCCCUGAGCUGAGCCGCGCUCACCGUGGCGGCCGUGGGCCCAGCGCCUCCGGGGUCAGAGACGGGUCCGCGGGGAGGGCCGCCCUCUCGUGUGCGGCCCUGUGCCUGUCGCCCGGUGACCUCCGGAAGGGGAGGAGCUGGCGUGGACGGGCAGGGUGUGUGGCCCACAGCCGUCCCUGCAGCAGGUGAGGCCGGGCAGGCGUCUCUCCCUGCACGUGGGAAGCACUUCCUCUUGGAACCGGCGUAGAGAUGUAGCAUCCGGGACUUCCCGGGCCCCGACACCUGCCUGGGCUUGUCCUGGACUCUGUCCAUGCCAAUCCUUCUCCACCUCGGGGGACCUUGGACGGCAUGGAGCAGCUCCCUCCUUGCUGUCACAGACCGUGUCCUGGUGUCGACUACUACAGUGUUCGCGCUGCGUUGUUGGAAUCAUUAAACUCGUUAUUUUUCUUAUGUCACAAAACGGUUCUCUCGGGUGUCUUCGGCGAGUCUGAUGGUGUGUGCUGCCCUCGCUGUUGCCCUUGGCUCUUUGAGAUCUUGAAGCUCCGGUGUGGGUUUUGAUGCCGGAGAGAUACUGCUCCAGUCUGAGA